AGCACAAGUAUUUUUCUUGAGUAAAAUAUAAUUUAUAAAAAUUAAUUUCCAACAGGAAUUCUUUAAAUUAAGAUCAGAAUAAAACUGAAAAUAAAUUUAUCACAUGAUGCAUAAGACUCCAGGUGGUAUUGGAGGACUAAAAGCUAUUAUAAAAGAUGCAGUGGACGAAAAUAAGAAGACCGUCUUAAUAUCAAGCGAUAAAGCAAAACAAGUGAUACAGAAUCAUGAGAAUUACAAGGUGGAUGUCGUGAUGAUUAAUCUGGAAAAGAUGAGAAAAUCACCAAACAAGGAUGAAGCUGAAUUUAACAUAUCAAAGUUAAGAAACGCAAUUGGAAGCAACCAACCAGAGGUUAAACUAGAGGAGUUUCAAAAUUGGGGAGAGACACAAGUUAUACAUGUCAUUUCAUCCUAUCCUACGACAAUACAAGAUAUUCAAGAUUUAAUCAAGGCAGCAUCUAAAGUUUCUUUGCGUGUAAGAUGUGCUGGAAGUGGACACAGCUGGGGGCCAAUAUUUUCAGACAGCAACCAAUUACUUAUUCAUAUGAGUAAGAUGGAAGGCAUCUAUGAAGACGGUAGAAAAAUUAAAAUAUCAGAUAAGCAGGAGUGCAUAGUGGAUAUCAUGACUGGGGUGACAACUGGAGACUUCAAAGAGUUCCAACUGAAGAACAAGCUUAAUAUCCCUGCUAAUGUUAUUUUAGAUGUUGUUCAGAUGGUCAGUGUUGUAGCAACAGGAUGUCACUUGCAUAUCAAUUCUAACAUUGUUAGAUUAUUGAGAAUGUUUGUAGAAAACUGCCAGGAUUUCACGGCAGUACAGGUUGUGAUCAAUGUUCAUGUGUUCAACAAAGUUUAUCCUAAUCAGAUACCUGUAUGUAAAUGCUCGAAAGCUUGUAGAUAUAAGGAUUAUCAAAACGUUGAUAUUGCUAACGAUGACGACGAAUAUGAUGGAAACGAUGAUAAUGAUAAUCCGGUGGAUGCAGGUGACCAAACUGAUGAUGAUUCUAUGGAUUGA